UGUAAAACUCAGCAUGUACAUGCAGCCAUUUCUGUUCCUUGGUCGCUUUACUUUCAAGUUUCCCGCUCUAUAACUUAGAAUAAACAAAGGGAUUCGAAGAAAAUUCUUUUCUUUCUCUAUCUCAUCUUUUCUGGAGUAACUUUCACGGUUUCAAUGGCUACCUUGUUUUCUUACUUUUUUUUUUUUUGGCAUUGCUUUUUUCAGGUCAUGAAAUUGUUAGUAGUAGCAAGAGUGUAGAUAUUGUUCCAUUGUUGGUUUGUUUUAUUUUAGGAUAUUGAUUCUUUAAAUAAAAAAAAAAAAGGAAAGAAAUUAGGAUGAAUACGAGUGUCCGCUCCGCCUUUCAGUCCAUGAAAGCUGCAUUAAAUCAGGACUGCAAUAAGAAGGAGAAGAUGGAGAAGAGUCAGGGAAGCAGAGCACUUGGUACCGGCAAAGCUGUAACCAAUCGGCGAAGAUCAAACAGGGAAAGGAAAAUGGCCUUAUUACAAGAUGUUGAUAAGCUAAAAAGGAAGCUUAGACAUGAAGAGAAUGUGCAUAGAGCUUUGGAGAGAGCUUUUACUAGACCUUUAGGAGCACUUCCUCGGCUUCCUCCUUACCUACCUCCCUAUACGCUAGAGUUACUUGCUGAAGUUGCUGUUUUGGAAGAGGAAGUUGUUAGGCUUGAAGAGCAAGUAGUGAAUUUUAGGCAAGGGCUUUAUCAAGAGGCUGUCUAUGCAUCUUCCAAGAGGAAUGUGGAGAAUUUGAAUGAAUCCAUUGAGCAAUCUCCUGUGAGAAGUUCUAAACACCAGCGGUCUAAGUCUUUGUCCGUAAACGAGAUGAGUUCAGUAACAACCAUUGCCAGGUCUCAACCAUCUCUUGCCAGAAGUGUUUCUAGCAGAAAGCUGUUGCCCCCAGAUAGUAUUUAUGAUCGAGCUGGACAGUGCUUUAGCAGGUCAACAAAUGGGAGACAAGCUUCCACAAAACCCAAUUCUACUUCUGGAGAUAUAAGAGGAAAAGAAAAUCAAUCAUUUACCAAUGCUGUGAAGGAUAAGCGAUCUCCAGAAAAGAAAAUUUCCAAAGUUGUGACCCCAGUAAAGAGACUGACAACCAAGCAUGAAUCACCAAACAAAUGUUUGGAUCCUCUGAAGGUGCAGCUAGAUGGUAGAUUAGUAGACCAGGAAAAAGCGCAAGAAAGCCCUUCUGGUUCUUCAGAUGAUAAACCAUCGGAAGCUGAUAGUACACCAAACAAAAUAUCUGAGGAUACUGUAAGGUGCUUGUUUAGCAUUUUUGUAAGGUUGAGCACCUUGAAAGACAAGGCUGUGGAAUCUGGGACUUUACCUUCUCGAUCAGUAGUCAGUUCUCAUGAAAGAAAUAGAGAAAGUGAAUGCCCAGACCCUUAUGGUAUCUAUUCAGAUUUGAAAACUAGAGAUAUUGGCCCCUAUAAGCAUCUUUGUGCAAUUGAAGCUAAUACCAUUGAUCUGAAUCGAAGUACAAAUGCUUUGUUUCUGAUCCAUAGACUAAAGUUUCUACUUGAGAAGCUAGCCUCUGUCAUUUUAGAGGGUCUUAGCCAUCAGCAGAAGCUUGCAUUCUGGAUAAACACUUAUAAUUCCUGUAUGAUGAAUGCAAUUUUGGAGCAUGGGAUUCCCGAGUCUCCUGAAACAGUUGUAGCACUAAUGCAAAAGGCUACAAUAGUUGUGGGAGGACACUCGCUAAAUGCAAUUACAAUUGAGCAUUUCAUAUUAAGGCUGCCUUUCCAUUUGAAAUUUACCUGUCCUAAAGCAGCAAAAAAUGAUGAAAUGAAAGCACGCAAUAUAUUUGGUCUGGAGUGGUCCGAACCCCUGGUUUCAUUUGCUCUUGCAUGUGGAAGCUGGUCAUCUCCUGCAGUGAGAGUAUACACAGCAUCUCAUGUUGAAGAUGAGCUGGAAACAGCUAAGAGAGACUACCUACAGGCAGCAGUUGCCAUUUCAAGAACAAACAAGUUAAUAAUUCCAAAGCUUUUGGAUUGGUAUCUGCUUGACUUUGCAAAGGAUUUGGAAUCAUUGCUGGAUUGGGUUUGUCAGCAGCUGCCAAAUGAACUGAGGAAUGAAGCAGUAAAAUGCCUAGAAAGAAAGGGGAAAGUGCCUCUUUCACAACUAGUGCGAGUAAUGCCUUAUGAUUUCAGUUUCAGGCUGCUUUUACACCCUUGAGAAUUAUAUUUCGCGAUUGACCCGUUGGUCAGCAAAGGUUCAUGAACUUGGGGUUGGUGAGGUCUAUAUACUGAACUACUACUAUACUGGACACAGUGAAAGUACAUAUG